AUGGAUCCCCUUAACGAGGCCAGAGUGCAUGCUGGGAACUCUGGCUCUCAUUUCUUAAUCAGCGUGUUUCACGUCACGCAACGAGGACAGAAAGGAGACGAGGACAUCAGGACGCGCCGCUGUCUGUCUCUGGACGUCUAUGAGCGCGGACCACAGCUGCGACGGCAGAGGUAUCACUUCAACGUCAGUUCCCUGGAGAGAGACGGGCUCCUGGGGGCCGAGCUGCGCAUCCUGAGGAAGCGCCCGUCUGACCCCCGCAGGACCUCCAUGGGAUCCCCCGGUGAAGCAGGGGCAGAAACCACGUCUUCCCCGUCCCUGAAGCUGUACACCUGCGCGUCGGGGAAACAGCCGGCCGUUCUGCUCCAGACAAAGACCACGGAGGAUGUGGUCCCCGGAGGCGGUUUUGGCAACAAAUGGGAAGUGUUUGACGUCUGGAAAGUCUUCAAGGGCUUUAAGACCCCCCAGAACCAGAACUCCCAGCAGCUGUGCUUGGAACUUGAGGGCCUGGAGCACCGGGGCGGUCGCCCCGUGGACCUGCGGGCUCUGGGGUUCGCCCGGCCCGGCAGGACCAACAAGGAAAAGGCCUUUUUUCUCGCGUUUGGCAAAAGCAAAAAACGCGACCUGUUCUACAACGAGAUCAAAGCGCGGUCGGGCCACGACAACAAAACCGUCUACGAGUACCUGUUCACCCAGCGCCGAAUGCGCCGAGCGCCGGCUGCAAGGGGGGCGAAAAAACCGCCAGCGCUGCAGCCGCUGGCGCCGCACACCCUGCCCCAACAUCAGGCGGCGAAGACCCAGACCAGGCCUCGGUGCCACCGCAGAAGGCUCCACGUGAACUUCAAGGAGAUGGGCUGGGACGACUGGAUCAUCGCGCCGCUGGAGUACGAGGCGUUCCACUGCGACGGCGUCUGCGACUUCCCUAUCCGGUCCCACCUGGAGCCGACCAACCACGCCAUCAUACAGACCCUGAUGAACUCGAUGGACCCCGAGUCGACGCCGCCGACCUGCUGCGUCCCCACGCGACUCAGCCCCAUCAGCAUCCUGUACAUCGACUCGGCCAACAACGUGGUCUACAAGCAGUACGAGGACAUGGUGGUGGAGUCGUGCGGCUGCCGGAAGCCGUAGAUACAAAUACAUAGAUACCACCUUCG